ACAAGGACCACAAGUUCGUGAUAUAAUACAAUAUAUUCCCCCUUCUCUCUUUUCUCAUUACACUCUUUUCUCAUUACAUACAUUCUUUCUGCAUCUGACCUCUCUAUUCCGACCUAACCCUACCGCCAUCGCCGAAGCAACCAUGACUAUCCGUCAGCUAUUUGACAUCGCACGCCGCGCCCGAAAAUCGGCGAGCGCUUUCAUAUCGCGACGGCCGCUCUCCACCGCCGUCGCCACCGCCCCCGACGCCGCUGCGCUCCCCCAUCCUCCGCCGCCGACAGCCAUGGCAUAUGACCGAUUAGCUGAAUCCGUCAAGUAUAACCUCCAGAAGCUCGAACAUCCCGAUCCUCGCUUCCUCCGUUACAACUCCCCUCACCCAGCAGUAGUCUCUCACACAGAUAUCCUCUCGGCGCCGCUCACUCGAGUCACCACUCUCUCGAACGGCCUCCGAAUCGCCACAGAGUCGGAUCUCACCGCUGCCACGGCCACCGUCGGCGUUUUCGUUGACGCAGGAUCGAGAUUCGAGAGUGCCGAUACUAAUGGCACAUCCCAUUUUCUGGAGCAUAUGAUAUUCAAGGGGACUGAGAGAAGGAAGGCGAGGGAAUUGGAGGAGCAGAUUGAGAAUAUUGGCGGCCAUUUGAAUGCUUACACUUCUCGGGAGCAGACGACCUACUAUGCGAAAGUGAUGGAUAAAGAUGUGCCUCUUGCACUUGACAUUCUUUCGGAUAUACUGCAGAAUUCAACGUUUGAAGAGGGCAGGAUUAACCUGGAGAGGGAUGUUAUUCUUCGCGAGGCUGAAGAGGUUGAAGGACAGGAAGGAGAAGUUAUUUUCGAUCACUUGCAUGCCACUGCCUUCCAGCAUACGCCUCUUGGCAGAACCAUCCUGGGACCAGCUGAAAACAUCAAGUCAAUUGGCAAAAAGGACUUACAGAAGUACAUAGCAACCCAUUAUACUGCCCCUAGAAUGGUGGUUGUUGCUGCAGGUGCUGUUAAGCAUGAAGAUAUUGUCGAGGAGGUGAAGAAAUUAUUUACAAAACUGUCAUGUGAUCCAACAACAGCUUCUGACCUAAUAGCCAGAGAACCUGCUAUCUUUACUGGUUCAGAGGUUCGGAUGCUUGAUGAUGAUGUUCCCCUUGCCCAAUUUGCUAUUGCUUUUGAGGGAUCUUCUUGGACAGAUCCAGAUUCCAUUGCUUUGAUGGUUAUGCAGUCGAUGCUGGGUUCUUGGAAUAAAAAUGUUUCUGGUGGCAAGCAUAUGGGGCCAGAGCUUGCACAGAAGAUUGCAAUCAAUGAAAUAGCCGAGAGCUUUAUGGCUUUCAACACCAACUACUAUGAUACUGGCUUGUUUGGUGUUUAUGCUAUUGCUAAGCCCGAGUGCUUGGAUGACUUGGCCUAUGCCAUUAUGUAUGAGUUAACCAGACUAUGUUAUCGUGUAUCGGAGGCUGAUGUCAUUCGUGCUCGUAACCAGUUGAAGUCUUGUUUGCUGCUUCAUCUUGAUGGAACCAGUCCUGUUGCUGAAGAUAUUGGGCGCCAGUUAGCCCCAGUAAAGUUUGAUCUUAGGCACAAGGGUGAAAUCGAGCAGCUGCUUACAUACGGUCGAAGGAUGCCAUAUGCUGAACUGUUUGCCAGGAUAGAUGCUGUAGAUGCCAGCACCGUGAAACGUGUUGCUAACCGGUUUAUAUUUGAUAGGGAUAUUGCCAUUAGUGCCAUGGGUCCAAUCCAGGGCUUGCCCGACUACAACUGGUUCAGGCGCCGUACUUACUGGCUCCGUUACUAGACUCUACCUCUUUUGCUUCAUGCCUGCAAUUUUUCUUGGUUUUACCCCUCAAUGGGUCGUUUUUCCUUGUUUUUUGAGUGGAGUCGGUAUGUCUGGUUAUGGCCAGUUGUUUUUUAGCCAUUUCUUGUAUUAGUUAAAAUAAAAUUGAAAUUGUAAUCCGUGUGGGAUGAGAAAGUUCAGUGCUACUCCUAGAAGAUGAAGGCAUAUGGGGUCCAAGUUGGGGACACGAGAAGAAAAAGGGUGCCUGUAAUCACAGACUAGAUUUUUUGGUCUGUCGGCAAUAAGGAAUGCUACGAUGUUGAAUGGUUUUCUAUUCUGCGCAUUUGCUGUAUAACAUUUGUUUCCCAUAUAUCUUAAUGUGAUUUUUGCAUGCAACUCGUUCCCAAUUUUGGUUUGAACACAUUUCUCACCGAGUUCCAUGGGGAUGGUCAAACCGAAAAAGAACGUCUGCACUUUUUAUUCUGUUAGGGCGACAGAAAUAGACGGGAAACAAUGGAAAAGAGAACUUUUUAUAUAUAUGCUAAUUAAGAGAAAAC